CCAUAAUUCACUAUUCUAGGUUUGAAAUACUAUGUUACAAAAAAUUCAACGUUUGACAUGAAUUUUAAUUCUUGGUGGAAAUUCUGAAAAAUAAGUAGCAGUACAUGAACAGAAAAAGUGCUAUUAUAUUCUGUAUAACUUCAUUAAAAAUACAACCAUGAGCGUUCAACAUGCGGAUUCCGCUGGUCAGGCCAUGCAGGGGCAACCCAGUCAGGGAAAUACCACCGUUAUUAUACAACAACCCCAGACAGUUACCGGCAAGCUUGUCGGUAAUAUGAAUGGUCAUAGAGACUGGAGUUCCGGCUUGUUCGGAUGUAUGGAUGACGGAAAAAAGUGUAUCAUGGCUCUAGUAUGCACUGAAUGUGUUUUGGCAGACAUUGCACAUAGAACUGGAGAGAGUGUUUGUGUACCGUUCUGUAUCCCUGGAGGUUUGGUUGCCAUUAGAGCUAGACUGAGGGCUUUAGGUGGAAUACAGGGUUCAAUAUGCAAUGAUUAUAUGGCGCUGUACUGUUGCUAUUUCUGUACCUUGUGUCAGAUGCACCGAGAGUUGGAUCAUAUGGGACUGUGACCAGCAAAAUUGUUGUCUUUUCUUUAUAAAAGUCUUUAUUCACACAUUUUAUUACAAUAUCCAUUGCAUGUUGUAAAUGCAAUAUUUUUUAGACCGUCCUAGUUUUUUGUCAUUUUUUUUCAGUUUCAAUGUUUUUAUUACAAUUUUGUUAUCUAUCUUUAUAUUAUUUUCAUGAAUUUCUAUAUCAAGACAAAAUUUAUCCAACAUGUCUCGCAGCUAGAUUAAAAGAUAAAAAAGAUCAAAACCUUAAAUGGCUUUUAUACAACAUGUUGCAUGCCUAAACUUCAAAAUGAAUAUCAAUUGAAACUAUUAAAAUCAUUUAAAAGCUCUAACAGAACUACGACUAGAUAGUGUGUUUUAGCACUGAUCUGUUUCAUAUCAUUAAAUAUUCAGAUAAAUUAUGAGAACAUUUGAUAAGAUAAAAAACGUUAUGAAUUGACAGUUUUUAUAUCAUGAAUUCACGUCACGCCAUUUUAUUUUUAAUUAUUGAGUUUGCCAAAGAUAAACGCUACAUCUAAGUAAGUGUGCCGUAGAAGAAUAUUUGCUUGAUUUUACAGAUUUGUUAAUUUAUAAACCACCUUAAUCUUAAUAAUUAUGAUACAUUGUUUAUAGUUUAGGAUUAUACUUUGUUACAAUAUUCACGUAAAAAAAUAACCGUCGAUGUUUUAUGAAAAACAUACCUUAUAUCGUUUUCUUUUCAUCCUUACAAAUGAUCAUGUCGGAAGUUUUGUGACUAUUUACAAGUUUUCAAUCAUAAUCAACAUUUAAAGAAAUACCAUGCUCAUCGUUCUGUAAAAUACUUUUAUUGUAGAAAUGUUUUGAAAUAUAGUAAAUUCUGACUGAA